CAAUAAAUACAUCAAUUUUAACAUGGUAUCAGAGCAAUAAGAUUUAGGUCUGUAUUUUCUUUCUCACCGGCGGGCAGCCGGCCGGCAACUUUGCCUUCGCUGCCCGCUGGAAUUUUCUACACAUACCUUGAUCACUCUGCAUGUGCUUCCUCACCAGUCUGCACUUUCUCUCUCUAAACCACCAUAACCAUGGCAGUGAGCAACAACAUAACGUCAGUCCUGAACUUCAUAGCCUUCCUCUCCUCCAUCCCAAUAAUCGCCUCGGGAGUCUGGCUCGCCUCCAAGCCAGACAACGAGUGCAUCCACUGGAUCCGAUGGCCACUCGUCUUCCUCGGCAUCUCCAUCCUUCUAGUCUCCCUCACCGGCUUCGUAGGCUCCUACUGGAACAAAGAAUGCCUCCUCGCCUUCUACCUCAUCUGUAUGGCGGUUCUCAUCGGGGCCCUCCUCAUCAUCCUCGUCCUCGCCUUCGUCGUCACUCAUCCCGACGGCUCUUACUCUGUCGAUGGCCGUGCUUUCCGCGAGUACCGUCUCGGCGGAUUCUCGGCCUGGCUCAGAAAUCACAUCACCAAUUCGGACAAUUGGGGGAAAAUUAGGGCUUGUCUCGCUGAGUCCAAUUUUUGUGCUAAGAUCGAUCGGGAGUAUAUCUCUGCUGACCAGUUCUUCGCGUCUCGUAGUAUCUCUCCUCUUCAGUCAGGAUGUUGCAAGCCUCCAACAAUCUGUGGGUACCAGUAUGUGAACCCAACAAUGUGGAUUAACCCGGUUAACACACUCUCGGAUCCGGAUUGCUCUAUCUGGAACAAUGACCAGAGCCAAUUGUGCUAUAGUUAUGAUUCUUGCAAAGCUGGUCUGCUUGGGAACCUCAGAAAAGAAUGGAGGAGAGUUAAUGUGAUCUUGAUUAUUGCAGUUGUUGUUCUAAUCUGGGUUUAUCUCAUUGCUUGCAGUGCGUUCAAGAACGCCCAAACAGAGGAUCUCUUCCGCCGAUACAAACAGGGUUGGGUUUGAUCUUAUUCCCAAAUACACCCAGAUACACACCAUACACUCACUUCCCUUGGUCUCCCACAUGCACUUUUUUAUCACCCCAGUACCUCUCUCUCUGGUCCCUUUUUCUCUCCCCCAUGCUCCCUUUUAAUCAUCUCCAUCUUUUUUCUUAAUUUAUUCCAACCCCACUCCACUUUCUCUUAUUUUAAUAUCUUUAUAUAUAUAUAUGUAUAUAUGUUUAUUUUCAUAUCUUGCACAGACCAUCAUCCUCUUCUCUUUCUCGAGGGGACACAGCAUGCUUUUAAAGAAUAAAAGUGACACACAACACACACAUUUCUUCUUUCUUCUUUCUUUAUUUUAUUUAUUUAUUAUUUUUUUUUUUUCAUUA